GUCCCCCGCGCCCCUGCCCUUCACCGCGGCCAAAAUGGCGACGGCAACUCGUCUGGUCCAGCGGCUCCGCAACUUCCUGGCGGGGCGGGACCUCCAGGCGAAGCUGCAGCUGCGCUACGAGGAGAUCGCUAAGAGGACCCAGCCGCCGCCGCGGCUCCCGGUGGGCCCCAGCCACAAAUUCGCAGAUAACUAUUACUGCAGCCGGGACGGGCGCCGGGAGUCGCUGCCGCCCGUGGUGGUGGCGGCGGCGCAGAGAACUCUGCCAGCGGGGGCACCGGCCGGCAGUUCAGACACUGCAGCGACAACAGCGGGGAAGAAACCAGUGACACCAGGACCACCACUUAGGAAAUGGGAAAUUUCCAAGGACGAGCCCUACUUGUGAGCUGGGGGGGUUUGCAUGAUGGGCACAGGUGGUUCCAGAGCAGCUCUGAUGGGAUGGCUGUGCUGGUUGUGGCUCCAGGGCUGCUGCAGGGAGCUGAUUCUGACUAAUAAAUGUAUAUAAAGCUGUGA